ACCGAUAGUAGAAAACGAAAGCGAACUGACGGGCCGCCGGGCCGGGGAGCAGAAAGGGAGGCCAUUAAUACUCGACACCUCCCCGUCUUCUUCCUCCUCCCCCCUCCGCCAUUGCUCCACGAGUCCACAAGACAUCUCCCGCGCGCCAGAGCUCUAGAGAGAAACUGGACAGGAGCGCGGGCUUCGGACUCCCAUCUCCGCGGGGGCACAAAAGAUGCAGGUCCUCAUGACUCCCAGCCUCCGCGCAGCGCAAUCGGGUGAGAUUUCUGCUGCGCCACAUCUCCCCUCCGGUUCUGUUUUCCCUGGUUCCUGAUUCGGCUGCCUUCCGUUAUUUAUAUAUAAAUAAAUGUGCUUCGGCCUUCGGUCCUGUUACUCCUAUAGAUCUGUCGCGCCUGCUGGGUUCCAGAGCUGUUCGGUUUGGCUCAUCUCUGCCGUUCUGCAUUUCGCAGAAAGACGAGAAAAGCCCGUCCCUACUUCCUGCUUUCCUCACCUUUCCGCAGCCAACACCAGAAGAAGAAAUUGGCAAAAAAAAAAAGGAGCAUUUUGGUUUCGUUGAAAUGCGGCCCCGAUUUCGACUCGCCAGCUUUGCGCGCCUCUAACUGCUAGGCAGUAGUGUGUGUUUUCUCUCUCUCUGUGUGUGUGCGCGCGCGCGCGAGGAAAGGCCUUCGUUCUGGGGCGGGCGGCUCUCUUUUGCAAGCGGCAAUGAUGCGCCUUUGGCGAGCACUCUCUGCUGAUCAGACGCUUGUUUAUUGCUAAAGAGGACGCUAGAUCUGUAGCGUUGCAUGAUUGAGGUCAGUGGGGGGCGGGGCUGGACAUAGUUGAUGGUUUUAACAGGACCUUUCCUAGCUCUAGGCCGACAACAGAUGAACGAACCCCCCCAAGUGCGGCGGGCGCACAUUGAGCACCCAAUGAUGAGGCGUCCAUGGCGGAUGCUGAAUGUGGCCGUCAUUUUCUCGCCUUAUUUAUUUCUUUUUGGCAAAGUCUUGGUUUACUGUCUACUUGAAUAUUAUGUCGCAGCCCCUCCUGCGUUUUAUAAUCGCUAUUUUUGCCACUCACAGUUUUGCCGAUUUCAUCGAAGUUCUUCCCCCCCACACCAUUUGCAGAUUGUCAAUGAAUCUACAAUGCAAAUAGUCCAUUGCAAUGCCAAGGUUGCUUCCUGACUGACCAGAUCGAGCGUGUUGAACUCUCUGGUCAUCUCGUCUGAAAAAACAGACAGGUGUUUGCAGCUAUGGCUUCGAAGGCAAUGCCCCAAAUUCUCCCAGAAACGCCAGGCAUCCCAGGCACGAAGCAAUGCUCUAAGAGUGCUCCCCCUUUCGAGCUUCCCCAGACGAACAAUUCCUGUGCUUCUGCGCUGACGGUGUUACCAGGAACAACAACUGACCUGAGCAAAUCGAGCCAUAAACCUGAGCUGAACGAGCAGAAACCAGACCACCGCCUCAAGGAACCUGUCGACGCCGCGUCGGUCAAGUUCCCCGUAGAACCGAGCAAGAAAGCGGUAGCGGAGCAUGGGAGCACGAACGGGGGUUCCACUUCGUUUCAGACGUGUGGAGGGACUAGCCAGGCCCAGGCAAAGGUCAGUGCGAGUGCUAAGGCCGCUGAUCCACCCGAGAUCGGUGACAGGGGCAACAGUGGAAGAUGCAGGCCUAGCACAAGCAGCGACAUCAGUGACGAGAGCUCGUGCAGCAGCAUGAGCAACAGCACGAAGCCUCACAAGGCGAACGAUUCGCGGUGGGAGGCGAUCCAGACGGUCAGGACCAGAGACGGGGUUCUUGGACUGAGCCAUUUCAGGCUGCUCAAGAGGCUAGGCUGCGGCGACAUCGGCAGCGUGUACCUCUCUGAGCUGAAUGGGACCAAGAGCUAUUUCGCGAUGAAGGUCAUGGAUAAGGCGUCGCUAGCGAGCCGUAAGAAGCUGCUCCGGGCUCAAACGGAGAAGGAGAUUCUGCAGUGCCUGGAUCACCCCUUCCUUCCUACGCUUUACACCCACUUCGAGACCGAUAAGUUCUCCUGCCUGGUCAUGGAGUUCUGCCCCGGAGGAGACCUCCACGCUCUUCGGCAGAGGCAGCCUGGCAAACAUUUCCCGGAGCAAGCUGUCAAAUUCUACAUAGCAGAAGUCCUCCUGGCGCUAGAAUACCUGCACAUGCUCGGUAUCAUAUACCGUGAUCUCAAGCCAGAGAACGUCCUUGUCCGGGAGGACGGGCACAUCAUGCUCUCGGACUUCGACCUCUCCCUUCGCUGCGCAGUCAGCCCGACGCUGAUCAGAUCCUCGAACCCUGACGCAGAAGCGCUCAGGAAGAACAGCCAUGGCUACUGUGCGCAGCCAGCUUGCGUCGAGCCGUCCUGCGUCGUCCAACCGUCAUGCGCAGCCCCGACCACCUGCUUUGGCCCGCGCCUGUUCUCCUCCAAGUCCAAGAAAGAACGGAAGCCAAGACCUGAAGCUGCCACCCCGGUCAACCCUUGGCCUGAGCUCAUAGCAGAGCCCAGCGACGCACGGUCGAUGUCGUUCGUUGGGACGCACGAGUACCUGGCCCCCGAGAUCAUCAAAGGCGAGGGCCAUGGCAGCGCCGUCGACUGGUGGACCUUCGGGGUAUUCUUGUACGAGCUGCUGUUCGGGAAGACGCCUUUCAAGGGAUCCAGCAACCGGGCCACGCUGUUCAAUGUCAUUGGCCAGCAGCUGCGCUUCCCGGAGUACCCGGCCGUCAGCUUCUCGGCGAGGGAUCUGAUCAGGGGUCUGCUUGUGAAGGAGCCCCAGCAACGGCUGGCCUACAAGCGUGGAGCCACGGAGAUCAAGCAGCAUCCCUUCUUUGAGGGCGUGAAUUGGGCGCUCAUAAGGUGCGCAAGCCCACCGGAGGUACCAAAGCCUGUCGAGAUCGAGAGGCCGUCAAAUCAUCCUUCAUCGCCGUCUGGAGCUGCUGCUGACGAUGCCUCCGUUGGUGCACCCCAGAAAGGUGUCGACGGCUACUUGGAGUUUGGUUUCUUCUAGCAAACAUGUGGGCUUUUUUUUUACACUGGAUGUAGGGUUUUCUGAUGUUAUGUUUUUAGCAGAUGGUUGGUGUUGUAGAUUUGUGCCUUCAACCUGUUUUGUUUUGUAUUUUACACGUUCUUAAAGUUCACAUCUGUAAUUCAGCAAGUCUUCAUUGUACUGAUCUCCUGCAAGGCCUUUGCAAGACA